ACUCAGACAGUGCUACAAUAGUUUCAGACAUCAAUUCAGCUGUAGCCCAGUGAUAGUCUCCAAGAACUUUGUCUCAAAGAUCAAACAUCAUGACUUCAUUCGUCAUCAAGCAGCCUGGUCCCAUCAUGGAGUCAAAGGAAUCUAACCAGUGGAGUUCUGGAAUCUGUGACUGCACCAAUGACAUGGCAGGCUGCUGUUUUGCAUGCUGGUGUGGUCCCUGCCAUGCCUGUUUACAUUCAAGGGAGUACGGAGAGUGUCUUUGUCUACCUCUGCUGGACAUGUUUGGAUUUGUCCCACCAAUCACAAUGUCCAUGAGGGUGUCUAUGCGCCAGCGCUACGGCAUAAAGGGCACCUUCUGUAAUGACUGUGUGCAUGCCACCUGCUGUAGAGCCUGUGUCUGGUGUCAAAUGUCCAGGGAGAUGAAGGGACGCAAGAUCCCUGUUGUCCUGACCAGGGCAAGGAACACAAUGUUACCAUAGUCAUCACCAUACAUACUACAGCUAUGACCUGCAUGUUAUCAGAACCAUGAUGUUGCUAUAAUCAUCACCAUAUAUGUACUACAGCUAUGUACAUAGCAUAAUCAUACCUUAAUACUAUAUUACUUUUUUCAGAGAGCUGCUUCUGUGUUUAUGGAAUAUCAAUGUAUUCCUACCUGGCUGAAUUUUCGGUUUGACAAGAAUGAAUUGUAUAUGUACUUAAAAUAUUGAAUGCACAUAUUUCUGUUAAAUAUUAUGUAUAGAAGAACAAGAUGGAGUGCCCUUCAGAAUGAUUGGCACCCUGAACAAAAAGGUUGUAACAAAAAUAUUGUUAUUGCUCACAAUCAAAAAACAUUUAAUCGAUGUUAUCAAUAAAUAUUUAUUGAAUUAUUUAUUC